UCUAUAUAAGCUCACCAUUGCUUUGCUGCUCAAGAACACAAAAGUGAGGCUGAGAGAUAUAUAUACACAGCGUUAUAUUCCCUCACACUCGCACACACUUCACCUACACGAUCAAAUAUUUUCUUCGAUCAAAAAAUCUCUUUUUAAUUGUUUUUUUAUUGAAUCUGCUAAUCAACUGUUUUUGAAAACUUUCAACUAUUUUGAGAUCUAUUUAAGAUUUUUUUUUUUCACCAGAUCUGCGAAGAGGGCUUAUUUGUUGUCCCUCGAAGUUUGAUCUUUGAAUUUUAAUCAAGGAAAGGAAGAGGGAGGCUGUUAUUUGAAAUACCUCUUUUGAUUCUUUUACUUGAAUUUUUAUUUUUUUUUAACUUGAUUUUGUUUAGAACAUAUAUGGCAGCUACCAUGGAUCUGUGGAAUAGCAUAGGUGUAGAUCUCAAUUCUUCUGAGCCUUUUAAUGGCGGUGGUGAUCUCAUGGACGCGCUUGGACCUUUUAUGAGAAGCGCGUCUCCAUCACCUUCUUUGUCUUCUUCUUCUUCCACUUACCCUUACAUGAGCUCCUCCAAUGGCGGCUGCUCUACCUCCACCGGGAUGGUUGAAUCUGGUUAUUCUGGUUACGAGGUUGAUCAGUUGGGCUCUAUUGGGCUUAAUCCGUUGACCACAACCCAAAUCAAUCAGAUCCAGAAUCAAAUAGGCCAGCACGCCCAACAGUUGAUGGGCUCUUCCCCGGCCCAGAUCCAUUGGGCCCACCACGGGCCGAGCCUGAGCUUUCUGGCGCCGAAGCCCGUUCCGAUGAAGCUGUCCACCGCCGCGCCGAAGCCGACGAAGCUGUACAGAGGCGUACGGCAGCGCCACUGGGGGAAGUGGGUUGCGGAGAUCCGUUUACCCAAGAGCCGGACCCGGCUCUGGCUCGGAACCUUCGACACAUCGGAGGAGGCGGCUCUCGCCUACGACAACGCGGCGUACAAGCUCCGGGGCGACUCGGCUCGGCUCAACUUCCCGAACCUCCACCAUAACGGCUCGCUCGUCAGCGGAGACUUCGGGGAGUACAAGCCGCUCCAGUCCAACGUGGAUGCCAAGCUGGAAGCCAUCUGCCGGAACUUGGCUGAGAACAAGAGCGUUGACUCCAGGAAAUCGAAGCCGGCUCAGCCGAGGACGCCGAAGGAAGAGGAGAAGGGCAACGCGGCCGUGUCGGAAAGUUACGGGUCCGAUUCCGGGUCGGGCGAGUCGUCUUCACUGUCGGAUCUAACGUUUUCGCAAUUCACGGACGAACAGUCCACGUGGGACAUGUGCUCGGAGCUGCAUAAAUAUCCAUCUCAUGAGAUCGACUGGGAAUCUCUAUGAAAAAAUAUUGUAACUUUCGUUUUUUUUUAUUUUACAAGAAAAAAUAGGAAUGAAUUAUCUAAGGGUGGGGCCUGCUGCAUGAUGUUUUUUGAAUUUGCAGCAAGAGCAUGGGUGAUAAUAGUUGAGUCAGUCCUUGUAGUUACUUGUAUUGUUAGAAAGAUCCCCAGCUGGCUGGCCAAGUAGUUUUUGUCUUGGCUGGACCAGUGAAAUGUUAUUCCUUUUUAGCUUGGUGUCUAUAUUGUAUUUUACUUUCUGUACUUAUUAUGGGAACUGUUAUACUACUUUUAGUUUAUACUAGAGAUUUACCUUAUUAAUAAGACCAAAACAUGGUUUUUUCCCCAAAA